AUGUUCAGCCACGGGCCUGCCCCGUUCCUGUCGGCUGCACUCAGUCUGCUCAUAUGGCCGGGCAACAGUCACUCUGCCCCGACAGAGCAGUCACCCAAAGCACCCAUUAAACUCAUCGUCCGUGGGGGCGGAUCAAAGCCCGAAUUGCUCGAGGCCGCAGGGGGCAUUCCGGCACAGCUCGAUAUCAACACGCGGAACCACGAUCCUUACAGCCUCUUAGACCACAUUGAUGGUCCAUAUUGCGACCUUGGCGGCAGCGGCCUCGUAAGCACCGCCUACGUCUCGACCUCGACCUUGUUUUCCGUCGCAAAUAAGUUUGCCCGGGAUAACAAGGGGUACGUGCACCUCAUUCAAGCAACGCCAAACUGUAUCGACGCAGAAAGCUCUCUUGCGGAAGCCAAUCCAAUCCCUAAAGAGGCUGAAGUCUCGUGUCUAGGGGGCAUUCGCUGGGCCCAGGUCAAAGGCUGGCUGCCCCCAGGCCACGACGCCCCUGAUGACAUCCAGUUGGACAAAAUUGCUGCUCACCAAUCAUUUGUUAAAAAUCCCAAAUACGAUACUACUUUUGAUCAAUAUAUGGCAAGUAUCAACGUGCCCCAGCUUGCCCCCUUUGCAGACAACAACCCCGUCUGGGAAAAGCCUGAAUGGAAGCCUCACAAGCCUCCUGCGGGUCGGUCGACCAAGGAUAGCGCCAUUGCAUUCAUGAAAGAAAACGGAAAGCCGGUCGGCUGGAAUGGCAACUUUCCCCUCAUGGAGCGCCGUAAGCCCCGUGGACAGGAGACACUGCCCGAGGACACGGCUUGCAAGAAGAAGCACUGCAAGAGAGACGACCCCGGCUGUGAUCUCAAAGAUGGCUCUGCUGGAAAGGACAAGGAUGGUUCUACUGAAAAGGGCAAGGGCAACAGCGCACAAGGCAAUGCCGCGGCCAAGCCCGACAACAAGAAAGUCGAAGGGAACGGUUUGUUGAAUGUUGCACAAGCUUAUAACUCGUUUUUGGAUUCAACGUCAUAUUUCACCCCACCUGACCCAAACGAACUCGACAAACUGCUUGAUGAGGAAGGCACAGGCAACAACGGGACUGUUCAGGCACCGGAACAGGGCCAGAAUGUGAACGAGAAACACAUCAGUGCUCGGGCUGCCGAUCAACCUGACUGCGCUGGCACUCUAAAGGUGUACUCUAAGCUCACGGAAUCAUACGAUUCGUAUUUGAAGACGCUUGAUAUCAGCGCUUCUGCGACCGUCUCUGGCUGGGGUCAAAGUGCAUCUAUAUCAGGCCACUAUCUCGAUCACACACAAAUAUCUAAGGACACCUUGACAUAUGUGGCUAUCAUCGAUAUUGAGCGACAGCAAAAGUUCCCGACCGGGUUCCAAUUCAAUACCGACAACUACAAGAGUGAAAGUUUCAAUGCGGAUUUUGGCGAUCGUUGGAUCCGCGGCUUCCAUAAGGGUGGGAAAAUGAUUGCUCGAGUGUCCUUCCAAUCUAAAGGAUCGGUCAGUAAGACUGAUCUCAAAGCACACGCCGAGGCUUCGUUGAAGUUUUGGGGAGUCAAGGGCGACCUGAGCGUAGACGUAAAGUACAGCAUGGAGCAGGUCAGUAAAAAUGCUGACGUUGAGGUAUCGCUCUUCUACCAAGGCGACUUGGGCAAAGUGAUGGGAGGUUCGGGAGCGCCUGAGAAAAUUUCUGCGGCUUCUACCGAAGGCUCGUUCCGGCAGGUCAAACAGUGGUCCGACCAGUUCAUUGAGAAUGGCUGCCAGCACGAUUAUGAAUAUCGGCCCUUUCUCGAAGAGUAUCCCAAUGCUCAAAACUUCCCCGCGAGCCAGAAGAUACUCGAUUACCGCAGCGCAAGCAGAGUGUCUUCUAUAGUCUUAAGGGAACUUGUUAAAGUUUCGGAAAUGUCGCAAGCUCUACAACGUCUCGAACUGGAUGGGGACCUUAAAACUGAAAUCGAGUUUGCUAGUGUCGAAAUGGAGGAGGAGAGCAGGAAUUGGGUUGAUAAAAUCGCCGCCGACCCGAGCAAUGCGCGAAAGGCAGGAAAAGAACUCCUAACAAAAUUCAGGACAGAGUUCUAUGAUCUGUACGAAUCCUACUUGAAGCCCUAUGUAUCUGGCGUGGAUGUAGUGUACAGUAAGAAUCCACCACCAAACCGGCUCCUUGAGGCCCAAGGCCUCAGUGAAGAAAUCAAUCACGAUUUCGGGGGAGAAUCUGUUUGGAUUAUUCCUAAGUAUACUGUAAAUCGUGACGAUGCUUGCUCCUCCUUUGAAGUCACGGUUCAAGAUAAGGAAAUUUCCGGGUCAAACGACUUAGCAAAGGGCGCAGGAGGCAAAUUCCGCUACCUUACGUGCAAAAAGGAUCCAGAGGCGCGGCAGAAAAUCCGACGACUGGCGCUCUUUCGCGGAACCGAAGGCAUUGAUGGCUUCCUUAAUAAGGAGUAUCACGGCUAUACCGGGACGACGCCUGAUAUAAACGUGGGCCGCGACGACGGCAACGCCCAGGAUAAGUUGCAUUAG